UUUUACACACUUCAGCAUUUCUUAUCAUAUUUCGAUGUUGAGAGAAAACUAGAAAUGUUAAUUAAAAUAUUACAAAAUAGUAGAUUUAUUGCGAAAGCGAUUCCGCUCAACGGAAUUCCAAAUCUAACAAAAUCACUAUGUAAAGUUGAACCAGUUCAAUUGAUGCUAAAACGGAAUGCAUCGAUUCACACUCGAAAUAUUUUAAUACAAAAGUUCAAAUUAGAACAUGUUGAUAAUUUUGGCAUUUUCUUAAUGCUAUUUCCAGUGGCAACUUUUGGCUUGGGAGUAUGGCAAAUCCGACGAAAAGUUUGGAAAGAGCAGCUGAUUGCAGAAUUAAAACUUCAAAUGAAUAAAGAACCAGUGGAUUUACCAGAACAUUUGCCCGAGCUCAAUGACAUGGAAUAUCAGGCAGUGAGAGUGCGUGGACAUUUCUUACACGAUAAAGAGCUAUACUUGGGUCCUAGAUCAUUGAUUGAAGAAAAAACCGGGAAAAAAGGUGGAGUGCUAACGAUGGCUCCCAAAUCUGGAUAUUUGGUUAUCACACCAUUCAAGCUCGAAGGCAGAGAAGAGGUAAUUUUGGUAAAUCGUGGUUGGGUUCCGAAGAAAAAGAAAAAUCCAUUGUCUCGAAAAGAAGGUCAAAUUGAAUCAAAUGUUGAAAUUAUUGGUGUUGUUAGAAAGCACGAAAAUCGGCCGCAAUUCAUGCCAAAAAUGAAAGAUGAUCAAUUGUUCCUGUUUAGAGAUGUCAAUCGAAUGAGUGAAAUAACUGGAACACAACCAUAUUAUUUAGAUGCAACGAUCGGUUCAAGUGUACCAAAUGGUCCAAUCGGUGGCCAAACAACGAUUGCGAUACGGAAUGAGCAUCUUUCAUAUGUCAUUACCUGGUUCUCAUUAUCCGGAUUAUCCGCAUACUUUUGGUAUAAAAUGGUGUACACAGUUAAAAAAUAGAUCAAAAAAGAAAUGUUCUAUUAAAAAUUA